CAAACAAAAUUGUUUAAUCUAAUUUUAGUUUUGGAUAUCGAAUACAAAAGAACACGUGAAUGAACAUCGUAAGAUGAUUUUACAUCCUCGGAAAAUAGUUGCCAUCUUUAUGAUGUAUUUUAUUCAUUUUGCUUUGUAUUAAGAUUUUUUUUUAAAUUUAUUUUUAAGGAUCACUCUUACAAUUAAACGUGCUUCGAGGUAGGGUCUUAUGAUGUGGUAUUCCUCAUGGAUAAUCAUAAUAUCCCAAUUAAUCCAUGACACAUUCCGUUUUUUUUUCUUCAUACUACUUUAAACAUCUUUAUAAUGCUCAAAUUCCUAUAUGUUGAUUUACCCUUGAAAAUAAUCUUAAGUCUAAAAAAAAAGAAAUGCAUUAUAUUCAUAGGCAAAGAAAGAAACAUGAAAGAAUAGUAAAAAUUAACGAUUUUUUUUUAAUUCUGAGGGAAAAAUUGUCGAUCACGAGGGACAACAAACUUAUUAUACCAUGCUGCUCUUUUAUCAAUUUACCAAUGUGAGAGAAACGAAUUAGAAGUCAAAAAGCGCAAAUAAUAGACGCUUAUACACCAAGUUCAUAACUACGAUUAUAAUUCGCUUAAGUGGAUCGAAAGAGAUAAGUGGUGUGGAUUUAGAAUUUCUUGAUGCCUGCCUGGAAAUACCCUCGCAUAAUGGAAUCGCUAAAACCGCGCUAAAAUGCGGACCAUUUCGCCAUGUAAUUAAGUACAAAAAUGUGAACAUAUGGCGUGGAGGUUUUCCCGCUCGCUCCUUUCGUGUUUGAGUUGGCGGGAGCAAGGCAUUUUCUUUCGCGCGCGCUGGCACUGUGGAGCUUGCUCGCUCGCUCCGCAUAGGCCUGGUAUGGCAGAUAGCGUAAUUAUGCGAGAGUGUGAAGUGUUUGCUACCCCCGAUAUUUGGUAGAAAGGUUUUAGUGCAAUUUGUCUCCAAGCCAAAGGCCAUGAAAUGAAUCGUUCUCUAUUUAAUACCAUGUUUUCAUCUUGAUUUGUCCUAAGGUAUAUAGAUUCAAGAGAAAUGUGGACAGUUGGCACACAAUGCCACUAAUGCCGCAAGAUAUGUCACAGAUUUUAGGGGUUUUCUUUAGCGUGCGCCAUAAAUGAUCCUCCUUGUCAUUUCCGAAGAAUGACUCCGGAAUUACUUUAUCUUAUAGCAUGUGUAGACAUGAAAUUAAUAAUGAACCCAACGUUGCCAUUUUGUGCAUAAAUUAGAGACAACAGGAAAGUAGUAAAAAAAAUGGCAUCACGUUUAUACUUGGACUGCGAUAGAAAACUUUUGCAUGCAAUGUGAAGAUGAGGUUCAUUGAAACCCCUUAUGUUGGAAAAUAAUUGACUAAACAUAACAAAAUUAAGCUAGUAACACAGUGAUGGUAGUCCUAAAUUGUCUCUGGAAGAUUAGAUACAUGUAAUGGAGGGAGUUUCAGUGCGUCAUUUAAAACGAUCUGAAAAACACAUCAAGGAAUUAAGAAGGGCUACAUAAGUUUAUAAUCCGUUAUCAUUUUAACUCGAUUUUGUGAAAUGAGGCAUGCCAUCUACCCGGUCUUUAAAAGACCUCAACGGAAUCUGCAUCCAUAUCAUCAUGAUCAUGAUAAAUCACAACAUUUAAUGUUAAAUAUAUUGUAUUUGAACUUCAAGUUGAAAGAAAAAUGAUGGCAAUUUUUAUAACCAGUAAGAUCCAUGCGUCAGUAAGCUGCAUAAUUUGCAUUAUUUUACAAUUAUUAAUGGGUUUUUUUUACACAUUCUUCCGUUAUUUUUCAGAGACAAACCUUAACAACCUGAGAACAACAGGGAACGUCAUAAAGAAAGAGCCACACGCAAUGGGUCCCACCAUCCAGGAACUAGAUGACGUCAUGCUCGAGUUCACACCGGAUACGGAAAGCGGCGACGAAGCUGACAUUGAGGGCGCCCUCGAAGAAAAACCACAAACAAUCCAGACGACCAAAGGCGGGAAGAAAGGAAGGAAAAAUGCAAAAGCAACUGUCGGAGAAAACGGCGAAAAGCCGCCACCCAAGAAGCGAGGGCCAAAGAAGAAGAAGAUGACGAAAGCAAGGGUUCAAAAAUUUAAGAUGAGGAGAUUGAAAGCGAACACGAGAGAGCGCAAUCGUAUGCAUGGACUAAACGAUGCCCUUGAUCGUUUGAGGAAGGUGGUUCCUUGUUAUUCCUCUACUCAAAAGCUUUCAAAAAUCGAGACGCUUCGGCUCGCAAAGAAUUACAUCCACGCUCUAGCGGACAUUCUACGGACGGGUCUCGUUCCGGACAACAUCUCCUUCGCACAAACACUGUCACGUGGUCUGUCUCAGCCAACCACAAACCUUGUAGCAGGUGCCAUGCAAUUGAAUCCGCGGACACUUCUCCCAGAUGACCAGACCUCACCUUACAGUGCCUGGUCCACCGGUGUCCCAAUGAACAGCAUGACCGAUAGCUAUGGUUACGAUUUGUCGAACACAUCGUCGCAUCACAGAGUUGGCGAGAGCAUGACUUCAACUGGUAUCUCCAAUGCCGGGUCAUCUUCAAUCCACCAUCUCUUUCUCCCGUCGGACGGGUACUGCAGCUCGCCUCCUGAUCAAUUCCAUCGUCAGUUCGACCCAUCAUUAGCCACUGCUCCAACCUCCUCCCCGAGCUGCCAGUUUCAGCAAACCUCUCCACCGCCGCCAUCUUGCCUGACAUCGAGCGCCGAUAAAUUCUCGCAGCGCCCUCUAUCGUUUCCACACCAUGACUCUCUCGCCUUCGCGACGGGUAAUCCGGUGUAUACACCUUAUUCUGACAUCUCAGUGGGUGUAAACGAUGUAACAAGCACUUCCAGUAUUUAUCCCAACACCGCUGCUACGCCUGAACACUACAAUCUUAACACCUCGAUGGCCGACAAAGGUUACAGAAAUCUAGGACUUAUAGGAUGUAAUGGACAAGACCUAUUCCGUGGUUAACACAGGAUUAACACCGGUGCUACAACCAACCCUACAGGGAAAUGAAAGCAGCAUAAUGGACUUAAACAACACUUAAUAAACAAGCUUUGAUCCACAAUAUUGUAUUCUUCACAGACAAUAUUUGAUGGUACAUUUAUUUAUAUUUCAAAAUGGAUAAAUUUAAGAGAGUUUCUUAAACAAAAAGCAGAGCUGAGUUCCCAGUACUAUACCCACAAUGCACAUUAUUAUGCAACGCUUUAAACGUUCGCAUUUAAAGUGAUAUUAUUGUUGCAUGUUAUUUUCAUUAUCAUUACAAGCUUUUAGGUUUUAAGUGGCUAAUUGCAUUUUUUUAAUGAUGAGACAUUAUCUAGAUAUCAUUUAUUGAUGGUUGUUUUUCUCAAGAAUAACUCGAGCUUUUUUAAUUCAAGAGAAAAUAAUAUACGUUGUAAUCUCAAACCGCCUUUUCCCCCCAACGAAAGCUUUGUGUGAUUUUAUAGAUACAAACAACUGAAGUGCAAUAUCUCACGCAGCUCCUAUGUUGUAAACACAAUGUAUUUCGUGCGUGUGCUCAAAUAUAAAUUCAGUGUGCUAUUCAAAAGUAUGGAAACAACAAUGCCUUUUAAUCACAAGAUGCGAUUGGCUACCCGUCUUCCGCUUUUUUUGUACCGAAAUCUUGUACGUCAUGUUUUGAAGUGCGGGAAAUUCAAAGUAACCAAAGGGCCGAUUUCAUGCAGGCGAUAUAUUUUUAUUGAUUCAGUGAUAGAUUCAGCAACCUUUUUGAUGUUUGUAAAAUUAUAACUGUAUUUAUUGAUCGUUUAAGAUGAAAUCAUGUUUUUACGGCAGCUAGCAUGAUCAAAGCCGUUUUGUAAAAUAUAUCGUGUAUACACACAUGUGAAAUCAGUACCUUCACCAUGUACAACAAUCAAUAAGUUCGAAAUGGAAGAGGUACGCAUUGAUUUGUUGCUACGUUGCCUUUAGAUUUUAAGAAAUAUCGAAAUAAAUAAAGGCUUCAAAUCAAACCGAAAUAGGUCUUAGACUUCUCAAGGAACUUUGGGGGAAAAAACCCCACAAAAGCACAAUACGUAGGUUUCACUAUUUUCCAACUUAAAACAAUGUCUAUGCAGAAGACAUAUAUCUAAAAAAAGUAAGUAGUUGGGAAAUUUCUUCUGGCUAGUUAUACCGUCAUGGCUUUUUGCAUAUACUUACACUUCAUUAAAAUAUAUUAAUACUUAAGUUUAAUCAUUCCUCAGGAAUUUCAAAAUAAAAAUAGGAUGUUAUAAUGAAGUUAUUUUUAAACCUUUGUCAGAGAUUUGCUAAAUUAUAUUAUGAAGUUUAUUUUUGACCUACAUAUCAUGUCAUGAUAAAUGGAUAUAUAACUGUGUCUCUAUAAUGACUUCUAAAACAAUUUAAGACAAAAACAAACAAUAUUGAGAAGGUCCUUAAUAGAGGGAAAAAAGAAGAAAUGUGUCAUUACUUUUCUCAAAUCUGUUUAUAUUUCCAAUCACUUUUAACUAAUCAUUCCUAAGGGCUCCAUGAUUAUGAUGCCAUUUUCGACAAUUGUUUUUUUUUGUGAUCACAUGUAUUUGUCUUGAUUUUUUUGUUUAUUUCUUGCCAUGUAAACAUACUUAAAGAAAUUCCACGUGACGACACUUUGACGUAAUGGUCGGUCAAUUACAAAUGAAUUUACAUUCCGCAUUAAAAAGUGCUUGUACAAUAUGGUGAA